CAAAAAACAGAAAGCUUUAUGUGCCUACCGUAUUGAAGCUAUUAUUUUUUUACUUAAUUAAGCGCACAUCAUCUGAUGUGUCAUAUAUUAACACGAUUGAAUAUCCGACCGUUAUGUUCUAUUCAAUAUCAUCUAUUAAAUUAUACGGAUUCUACGAAUAAUUCCUUUAAAGCACAUAACAUUAUCACUGGUCUCCAAGACAAAAUUUACAGUUUAAAAUUUAAAAAAUAUUUCUUGCCUUACAACAACAACUUGCAUCUACUAGGCUCUAUUAGGCUCUUAGUAUCGGAUAAAAAGGAAAAUAAAAUGGUUGAUCCGCGACGAGUAGUAAGCUACGAAGAUGUAUUGAAAGUUAUUCAUCAACCCGAAAAGGUGUUGAUCGACGUGCGUAAUCCUGAUGAAGUAAACACAACUGGAAAAAUACCUUCAAGCAUCAAUAUUCCACUAAAUAGUGUUCAAGAGGUUCUGGUGUCAAUGUCUGAUGAGGAGUUCAAGAAACAAUAUCAAAGAAACAAACCUAGUUCAACAGAUGAACUGAUAUUUUACUGUCAUUCCGGAAGAAGAUCAACUGAGGCAUUGGACAUAGCAUUAAAAUUGGGUUAUUCCAAGUCGAAAACAUAUUUGGGGAGCUGGAAUGAAUGGUCUAGAACACAAAAAUAAUGAAAUCGAAGAUUUCUAUCUAAUAUAGAUAUUAUUAUGUAUAUCUUCAUAUUGUGAUAAAGACAUGAUGAAAUUUGAACACAAGGUAAUUUUGUUAAUUUGUUAACUAAUUGGUGAAAUGAUUUUACGUAGAUAUGUGAUAUAUUGAAAUAAAAAUAUCUUUGUUAAUUACUAAAAUAUUUUUCUAUUUUCACUACCUGUGAUUGUGUAUUUAUUAGGUAUCGCUACAAAAUAAGUCGUCAUCGGAAUCGUCUUUUAAAUCUAUAAUGACGGACUCCUAUAUCUGCUACUUUUUCAAAUUCACAUAUUAGACUAUACGGAAAACGGUGGCCAGGGUUGAUAACUAAUUGAAUGAGGGGAGUUACACUAAGCACAAACUUAACCUUUUGACUGCCAUGUAGGUCACUAGUGCCUUCCGUGGCGCACUGAAAUAAUUAUGCCGAUUGAUGUUAUUAGAAGCGGAACAUAAACACUUCUGCUUGCAUAGGCAAUACAAAUAUACACACUAUGCAGGUUUUGAACCACUGAGUUUUUCGC